UUUGCAAUUUGCCAAUUGCCAAAUUGACACAUUAGGACACAACAAUCGAUUGAUAAACGUGAUUUUUUUUAAAUAAUUAUCAUGGUUAAAGUAAUAUAAUUAAAAUAAGAAAGUUGUUUUUCUUUUUGUGACGUUAUGAAAUAAUGCCUGUAGGAAGAAAACGUUGGAAUCUACAUGAUGGACCACGAGGAUCUCUGAAGCGUCUCCGAAACCAGCUAGCUGAAGAUGGGUGUGCCGAAUCACAGGUUGUUCUGGCGAAACAAUUACUAGAGGAAAAAUGUGAACUAGAGGCAGAUAAAAUAUCAAACUUCAAACAGGCAUUGGAAUGGCUAAUAUGCGCCACUGAACAGGCACACCCAGAAGCAAGAAGAAUGUUGCGAAGGUGCAUACGCAGCGGCGUCAUAGACGAGGACAGUGCGCCGAUAGUGCGCGCCAAGUCGUGCCUCGCAGCUAGCCGGCAGGAAACGGUAGCCAGGAAGGCCGCUAGAGACCUUUUCGCUAGUUUAUCAAACGGAGAGCAGUUUAUAACAACGGCGCAGUUAGAGCGGCGCAUCCGUGAGAUUUGUACAACUACCCUCAAAAAGGAACAGGAAGAUGAGGCUUUGGAUGAGUCACAUGAUGAAGCCCCAGCAUUGAAUGAUGGUCAAGCAUUGGAGUCACUUCAAGCCGGAGACCACAUUCAUGGCAAUGGAACUAUUCGAACCGCCGAAAUUAGUCGUGAAGAAUACCCAGAGCAGUGCAGUUCGAACGACGAAAUCCGAAAUCUCACAGUAGAUAAUCUAGUUUCCGCCGCCGUAGACUACUGUCAGGGCGAAUUGCCUCUAGUCAGCCACGAAUUGACCCUAACAGACCCUAGCCUUAAGGCCCUAGACCAUAUCCCCAUAUUACAACAGGCCUUCUUACAUCCCCAAGUGUUCAUACAAGUUCUAUACCUAAAAUUGCUCUAUUAUUUUGGCUCGCUAUCCUUCAGAUUGUCCAAUCUAGAACUCUCUUUGCUACUCGUAGCCUAUCUGUCAGUUAGCACGGACAGUCUAUACCAUCUAGUACCUUUAAUUUUGUAUUAUAUAAGCAUCGUUGCCAUGGUGAUUUGUACGUUUAAAAUGUUGCUGGCUAAACGGCAGUUUAUCGAUUUUCGGAAAUGGUCAGGAUUGUUUCUGAGGUAUAGUGAUGGCAACUUGCAGCCGGACGAAUCGGAAAAUCUCUUUGUGCGAAAUAAUUUGGGGCCGUUUUUGCAAUUUUUCUUGGCGCUUUUCGUCAAUCUGUUUCUCUAUCCGUUUAUAGCUACGCAAUGGGUGCCGUUUUCUGAAUUCUGCGUUCUAUCAUUUUGCCUCAUGUUUUUAACGCUGUUUUCUUUCGGUACAAAUGGCCGACCGUACCCUGAUGUUUUAGCAUUAAUAUCCUUUGGGAUUAACGUUCUUGCGAAGUAUCCGUACGAGAAAGAUACAGUCGUCCACCAAGGUUGGCGGUUCCUCGAUUUGCACAUAUCAAACUAUCCGUCUUAUAUACUCGGGAAUAGCAUUGAGUUUUGUUUGAACGCUCGCGUGUUUUUCUCUCUUUUAAUACCCGUAAUUCUGAUAGCAAUGGCUAAAAGGAGUAAUUGGCAAGGGUUCUUCAAGUACACCCUACCACAUUGUGUUACAUUGAGUUGGUUGCAAAUGUUCAUAACUUGUUCGCACGGGUGUACGACAUAUGGUUUGAUACGGGGUACUUUAGCGCUGGUGUGUUCUUUCCUGUUUUUGCCAAUAAUCGGUAUUGUUACGGUUACGCUACCGAUUUUUGCGUUUUUACAAUAUAUACCGGUGUCGAGGUUGUUGUAUACAAUGACGGUUUUGCUGAGUUUCGCUAUGGGGUUGGGUAUCACGUGUUUGUUGGCGAAGACAGAGGCUACGAAGAAAUUUGUCACUCCUUUCCAGCUAAGCAUCGGCAUAAUAACUCUAAUAUACUUCAGCAACCAGCUAAUAGUUGGAUUUCAAGAUGAGGGCGUGCCUUCUGGUCUCAUAGAAUUACUAAGCGAAGACAAAACCAGUCUUAAAAACCUUCUCAAGAACGAAUUUAUAACAGAUUACGAAGAUAAUUCGCAUUACGUAAAUUGGGACGACUAUUACAACCAAUGCCAUGCGCCAUCUUGGAUUGAAAACAACAUGGCAGCCACUCAAAUUAAAUGCUCUGUUCUGGAAGGUUCUAACGUUAAUUGGGAAGGCUAUGUUAAAGAUGUUAAAAUAAAGAGUGUUAAAAAUAAAUGGAACGAUUUUGCGUCAUGGCUGCCGGCGUUUAUUAGAGAGUACUUCAAGUGUUAUUAUGGACAGGAAUUUUCGACUCUAUGCCAAAAGGGGGAAGGUCUAAAUUUGGAGGAUUGCGAAUUUGUACGCAGAGUUGCGAGGCAGAGCGGGAAAAGUUGUCACUUGAAUAAUAUGAAUGAAUACAUCUACGAAGUGAAAGUCAGCAUGGAAACGAGUGGGGGUCUACUAAAGCGUCACGCGGAAAUCGACAUAAUAUUCGACCAUUUCUUCACAAACUACACGAAACUUUUGCGAUUAGACGACAAAAUACGUUUCAAAGGGACUCUAUUGAAUGAUCCAACAACACAUUAUAAUAUUGGCUCCAAAGAUUUGAACAUAUUAGGUUAUGAAAUUAGUUGUAUGGAGUGUAAAAUUGCGCGCGGAAGUCGAAGUACGCCGGCGCCAUCUUUGUCGAAACUGUCAGAAUUAUGUCGUACUAUUGUGAACGAUUGCAUUGUUUCUACUAAAUAUGUAUUGAAUUUCCUAUUGAAUCCAGUGAUAGUUUUUAAAUGAUGUUUUUUUUUUCAGUGUGUAAAAGGGAAAUUCGUUACUAAUUUUUGUACGUUGAUCACGUGUUUUUAAAAUUGCCAUGUUAAUGAGAGAUUGUUAAUUUUUAACUGUUUAUAGUGUAGAAAUGAAUAUAUAUGAUAGUUUUUGAUGUGUGUAAGUCGUUUUCUGUUGGGGGCUAUUGGCUCUGCUAUUUAAAUUAUGGGAUAUGAAUAUCAUUGACAUGUCUAGAGAUAUAAGACCAACAAAAAUAUUUUAAUAGAAACUAUGGUUUGAAUUAUUGUUUUAAACACAGUGCUCAAAACUGUUAUUUCCAACAUUGCUUUUGAAAAAUGAGCCGUAUUCGCCAAGGAAAAAGGUCUAAAUUACUUUGUUUUAUUAAGUAAAAUCUACACACUUCGGCUUGUUUAAAAAGUAUUUUUCAUAAUCGUAUUAAAUUAAAUUUGAAUGACUGGGGAAGUAUUAUAUUUAUUUGCAUAUAAUUGUAUGUUUAAAUUUGUCCUAUAAUAUCGAAAAUCAUGGUCUUUAACAAUUAAAAAGAUGAUCUUAAUAAAAACUGAUUAUAUUUAAGCCAUGUUAAUAUCCAACUGUUUUAUAGUUUUAAUAAUUGAUCUUCCUUAAUUUUCAAUAGUACUAAUGAACUUUAUAAUAUACAGUAUGGUUUACAAUCCAAAUGUUCAAUGAAUAAGAAUAAUGUGAAAGUAAAAAAUGAAAUAAUGCUGCUUAAUUUUUUAAUUUAAAUUUCGCAUUUGUAACCGACUAAAUCGAACCGUAUGAAACCGCCUUAGAACACUUUAAUUGUUACAAAUGAAAUGUAUUUUUAUUGCAAAUGUUAUUUAAAUUAUUAUUGAAUGUGACUCGUUCUCAAAACGAAUAGUUUUCUGUAUAAAUAUAUAUUUUCACGGAACUGUA